AUGGCAGUCGGCGUCUCUUGGUGCUACCAACUUGACUACCGAAAUCGGAACACAUCAAAUAGCCUAUCGAAUGCCUCGCGGACGGCAUUAGGCUAUGCAGCAGUGUUUCGUGAAACAUUGAACGCUGGAUUUCGACUCGUCCAGCAACCUCAGACUCAGACCAGACUCGGAUACUUGGCCGUAUCCCCCGUCAACAUGUCCACAAAGAUGCCAUUUGUCAGCGCUCGGCCUGUUGACGUUAGAAUGAUGAUCGAUGGUGACCUGGACGCAGUGGGGCGACAACAAAGGAAAGCUUCACAUCUGCAAAUCAUUGCUCCUGAUAUGCUCCAAAACUGCGAAGCUGUGUGCAAGUAG